CGAAUGUGGAAGCAGUUAUCGGACAUUCUGUGAAGGUUCCCUGCAACAUUCCAACUCCACUAUCUGCGGGUGAAGCGUCUCUCAUACUGUGGUACCGCCAGGGUGAACCCAAUCCAAUCUACACCUUGGACGUACGAAACAAACCGGCUGUGCAUUUCCCUGCGUCCAACAGAACAUCCUUCAACAUCGACACCCACCCACCAGUACUGGUCAUCCAGUCCGUGAAUCCAGAAGACGAGGGGUAUUACAAGUGCAGGGUGGACUUGAAAAAGUCAAGAACUCUCAUACUACACAGCAGGUUGAAAAUCAUAGGUAUG